AUGCACCUCUGCUCUCUCAUGCCGUUCCAUAUCCAUCCAGAUGCCCAGCCUUCUUUGGCUGUUCUAAUUUUUGCAAUUGGUGCAAUGCGUCUGUUGGAAGUAAUGGGUCUGCUGAGUAUCAGCAUGGAUGAAUGUGCUGCAAAUCAUGCGGGUGGUUUGGAGCGGUUGAAGGAGAUGGGCCAAGCUGCGUGGCGCUUCGAGGGGUAG